AUGUCACGAGCCGCCCAUGCAGUUUUCUCCAUCCACGAACUCGUCGAACAAAUCCUCCUCGACCUUCCUCUCACCGAUCUUCUAGUGCGUAUUCAACGUGUCAACAAGAUUUUCCACACCAUCGUAGAUACAUCGCCUCCCCUCCAACGCAAGCUUUUCUUUGCAAGCGACACAACGACAUCCGGUUCAACUACUCGAUAUAAUCCUCUGGUACAUCAAUGGUUCCACGCAUAUGUGAAGCCAGAGAGAAGCACACGUGCAUACUUAUACGGGCUUCCUGUGGACGCAAAUCGUAUAAAAUUCGAGAGGACGCGGGCGUUUAUGUAUGAAGAUGCUAGUUGGAGGAGGAUGUUGGCGGUGGUGCCUACGGUUACUUCAGUGAUGACAACAAUUCAAUAUAAGAACCGCUUGGUGAAGAACAAAGGGGGAGUUAGGAUGGGCGAUCUCGAUUAUUUCAUUCCAGUGACGAGGUGGGGGUCGCUUGAUGAUGAGGGAUGUCGUUGCUUAAUAUGUAAUGAUGGAUGA